CAACCUAUGUCAACUCUUGUGCCUUUGUCUACUGGUGUAUCUCUGGAAGUGCAUGUCUCUCCUCCUCCUCGGAGAGACGAUACCAUUGGAAACAAGCUGGCUGUCUGUCUGCACCCCUGGUCCUGGCUCGGCGGUCGUAUGAAUGACCCGGUUUUGCAUUCGCUCUUGGAGCCUCUCCAUAACGGGGGUUUCCAUGUUGUGCGGUACAACUCUCGAGGGGUAGGCAAAUCCACGGGUUGGUCCUCCUUCACUGGACAAGCAGAGGCAACCGAUCUCACGGCGCUGAUCGAAUGGGCCCGCAGUUCAAUUGGCGAUGUCCGUUCGGUGCUUGUCGUGGGCUACUCGUAUGGGUCGUUAGUAGCCUCACUGCAGCCCGUGCUACCAGACGUUGAGACUGCUCACGUUCUUAUCUCUUAUCCCCUCAGCGUUCGUGGCUGGCUGACAAUGUUUCGGUCGUCGCGCUAUGAUGAAGCACUCGUUGCGCUAGCCCGUGAACCGCGUAGCAAUGUUCUUUUUAUUUUUGGCGACCAUGACAACUUUACGGCGGUUGACAAGUACCGGAGCUGGAAAGAGACCUUGGGUGAACGGGUCGAGUGGGUCGAGGUGAAAAACGGGACUCAUUUCUGGCGGGACGAGGACGGAGAUGAGCUAGCUACGCAAAUCGGCAUCAAAUGUGAUGAUUUCUCAACUUGUUCUCCUUCACUCAUCAUGCCCCUGCCGGAUGAGCGGCCACGAGGGAGUGUAGCGAAUCUCAUCGGGCGGUUCGAGCAACAGAAGAAACGACAGUCGGUGUCACCAAGGAGUAGUAGUGUUGCCUCCAACAUCACAGGCGACUCUGCAAAGGAAGAAGUGAAAGAGAAGCGUGAAUGGCCUCCACGUCAGCCAUCGGGCGACUCUAAAUCACCCCCACCAAUUGUCGCGUCCUCUUCAUGGACUAGAAGGGCUUCCGAAUCGCCAGCAGUCCAACAGAGUAGUUCACCCCCCAUCUCAGUUUCUACCUCACGCAUCUCUCUGUCUCCCCAACCGAUUGCACCACCACCACACAUCGAAACUCAGCCUUUCUCUUCCGAGCCUUCGAUUACGGUCGAUCCCUCCAGUCCAGCUACUCCCCAGCCAGCCACUCCCAAACCAGCUAACCCUAAGCCUGUCGCUGCAGCAAAGACAACUAAAUCACCAGCUAAACCAACUCAUAAACCAGUCGCGGCAACCCCCGUGAAAUCUCAUUCUCCUUCCCCUUCUCAAGUUCUGUCUCCUGCUGCGGCAGCCAGAGCCAAAGCCGCUGCUUCAGCGCCUAAACCUGGCCGGUCGUCAAUGGGAGGUCCUGGUGCACGUGCCAAAACUCCCGUUAAAUCGACUGGAAGCACUGCAUCAACGACGCGUCCCAAAACACCCAGUUCGCUUUAUGCGCCAACGGCAGCAACAUUGGCGCGAGCGCGUAAUUCUCAGGCUGUGCCACCUCCUGCUAAGAAAUUAUCUCUUACUCCCGAAGCCGCUGCUCGUCUGAGUGCGCCAACCGCUGCUUCAAAGGCUCGCAUUGCCGCAGCAGCUGCAGCCAGUCCACCAACUCGCGGAAAACCAGUCACACGAGGGGUCACUCGUGGUACUCCAAAGGCAAAGACACCGGCCUCGACCAGAGUCAAGACGGAAACCACAAAGGCAGCUGUCGAUGCCGCUUCAGCAGGAGAAAUUCCAGACGAAGAAGAGCAUCACGUGGAAGAGAUCCAAGACGAAGAGACACACGAAGUAGAGACUCAUGAGCAAGAGGAGGUCCAUGAAGAAGAGGAGGUCCAUGAACAGGAUGGGGCCCAAGAAGAUGAACAAGUCGAGGACCAAAGUCAUGAAGAAACUGUGGAAGACCAAGAGCCAAUAGAGGCCGACAUAGCUGCUGCUGAUAUUGUCAGUGACGACUCUCAUCCUUCUGAUCAAAGUGCGACGGUCGUCGACUCAAAGGACGAGACUGGGAAUGACUUGGAAGAGAUGGUGCAUAUGCUCGAGGGGAAAACGCGUCCGCUCAGCAUUGCGAGCAUACCUGAUGAUUUAGAUGUCUGA